AUGGCGGGAUGCAUGAAAAUGACAAACGGUUUCAUUUUUACAGGCGUUAAGUCAGUGAUUUUCAUGGUGCUGCUUAUCUGCUUACCUCAAUCUUCACACCAGAACACGGGAAACAAACCUCAAGUACAUGAUCUCCGUGAUGGAGAGCUGUACGGGAUGACAGGGACCAAUCUGUUCUGCUAUACAAACUCCAUAGUGCCGACCUGGAAGCAUGUUUGGACAAGGAUUCAGGUCAGAGUGUGGAGUUCAACCACGUUUAAGGUGGAAACUGUGGAUGGUGAGCAGGAGUUGCAGGAGUUGGACCGCUUCAGUGUCUGGGGCUGGUUCCAGAGCAUGUUACGAGAGGGGCACAAUGAGACCACCAUCAACAUCAGCCUGUUCAGCAAGAAGACGUGCUUCAAGAUCGACCCUGCGGAUGAAGCUCUGUACACUCUCAAGCCAGUUCGUAAGUUUGAUAUUUAUCUGUUUUUGGUAUUCCUUUCUGGAGCGUUGUUAUUCCUCUUUGCAGACUCACUCAGCAGGAGUCAAGCUUUCUUCUACUCUGCUGGUACAAGCACAGGGAUGAUCGCCUCCCUCAUCAUCCUCUUGUUUAUAGUGUCUCGUUUUUUGCCAAAGAAAAGCCCCUUUUAUGUGUUGAUAGUGGGCGGCUGGUCAUUCUCUCUGUACGCCAUCCAGCUCGUCUUCAGGAAUCUCAACACGAUUCUGCGAGAACACUGGCACAUGGUGUUAGGUUAUGUGGGAGUUGUAGGAUUCAUCAGCUUUGCUGUGUGUUACCGUUACGGCCCUCUGGUGGAUCAGAAGAGCAUCAACAUCCUGUCGUGGACGCUGCAGUUGUUGGGCCUUCUCCUGAUGUAUUUAGGAAUUCAGAUUCAGAAAGUUGCAUUUGCCAUCAUCGUGGCACUUUUUGUGUCCAAAAAUCUGGAGUACCCCUUUUAUCUGGCAGUUAUUGCAUGGAGGAGGAUGAGACGGCUUGUUAAUUGGAAGCCAGAGCCACGUCGCCUGCUGACCGAGGAGGAGUAUCAGAAGGAGGCGGAGGAGGAGACUCAGCGAGCACUGGAAGACUUGCGGAAGUACUGUCAUAGCCCGGAGUUCAGCCCGUGGAGGGCAGUGUCCAGGCUUCAAUCCCCAAAAAGGUUUGCAGAUUUUAUCGAAGGGUCGCCUCACCUGAUGUCCAACGAGGUGUCUGUCCACGCGCAGGAAUACGGCUUCGGAGGAUCAUAUUUUGAGGACGAAUUUUUUGACACCGACGACGAGGAGGGAGACGAUAUUGAGCCGAUGGUGAUACCAGAGUGAUGAAGCACAGCGUCACAAGGGCGACGUGUAAAAAAACAGAAACAAUCAUUUACGCCUUUUAAGAAAAGGUGACGGGUGAACAGCUCGCUAAACAUCCAGACUGACUUAGAGCGAUGGCUACGGAGGCCCAUGUUGUUUAUUUCAGUAAAACGAGCCACCUUAAGUCCCAGCGUUCAUCAGACAAAUCACUGACAGAACAGAGUGGUCAAGCACCAAAGACACAUCUCUUCUUUUUGGAGAACAAAGGCUUCUGUUAAAAAAAAAAAAAGGUUUCAAACUCGGUAAUGUAGAGCGGUCGGUCGGGGAUCAAAGCAAUUUUACUUUUUUACUGUAUGACUGUAGUUUGUGUUUUCUUAAUGUUGUAGCUCAGAAAUGUGUCCAUGUUUUAAUUUUUUCACAACUCUUUGUGUUUGUUUACAGCCUUCAGGCUCUAAAUGGGCUCCCUGCAAUAAACUGCGUUGAGAGCUUUCAGGUUACACGUGUGUGCAGCAUUGU